UUAUUGGAAUGAGACCUCAAGGCCAAUCAAUUGACAACCAAAAUUAUAACUGCAAAAUACACAAAUGAAUAAAAUUCCUCCUCAGCCAAUAAAAAGGAAAAAAAAAAAAAGAAAAAAAAAAAACACCUUUAUCUUGCAGAAACAAAAGAAUCCAAAUUCUAAAUGGCUCUAUUGAUAUCUUGGAGACCAUCUGCUUCUAACAUUAGCAGUUUCCCUUUCAUAGUGAAAAAAACAUCUCCUAAAUCUGCAAAAAUGGGGUUUUUCAAUAACAACAUUAGUUGCAGUGUCACUUCAACAAUGGCGGGUCAAAGUCAAAGGAAGCUUCCCAUUUUGCUUUUUGACGUUAUGGACACUAUUGUUCGUGACCCUUUUUACAAUGAGAUCCCUGCCUUCUUUAGAAUGCCGAUGAAAGAAUUGCUGGAAUGCAAGCAUCCAACUACCUGGAUUGAGUUUGAGAAGGGUCUUAUCACUGAGGGUGAGUGUGCUCGGAGAUUCUUUAAGGAUGGAAGACCUUUUGAUUUGGAAGGCCUGAAAAACUGUAUGCAAAGAGCAUAUUCCUAUAUUGAAGGUGUUGAAGGAUUAUUGAAUUCUUUGAAAGAAAAUGGAUAUGAAAUCCAUGCUUUCACAAAUUAUCCCAUCUGGUAUGGUCAAUCACCUUUGUUAAUUUGCGAAACAUUCAAGUUUGUCAAACUUUGUUCUUUUUCCAGGUACCAAAUGAUUGAGGACAAGCUAAAACUCUCAAAUUACCUAUCUUGGACAUUUUGUUCCUGUAUAUUUGGAAAACGCAAGCCUGAUCCCGAUUUUUAUUUAGAAGUUGUAAAGCAUCUCAAUGUAGAAGCUUCUAGCUGUAUUUUUGUUGAUGACAGGAUGAGAAAUGUUGAAGCUGCAGUUGAAGUAGGACUCAACGGCCUUCAAUUCAAGAAUGCAGAUUUGUUGCGCAAGGACUUGUCUCUCCUUGGUGUCAAUAUUUCAACAAAUGAAAAUCCAGAUUUGGCUGAAUGUUCAUCAUAAGAUUAUAUGUUUGUUAACUUGAGAAAGGUGUCCCUUUUUCUUAAAGGAUGUAGAUGAUUUUUAUUGACCUUUUGUCUUCAGGAAUCAGAAUUCUCAAAGCAACAGAUUUUAGCCCUGUAUUAUUACAGUCUCUAAAUGAAAAACCACACAUUCUUUUCUCUA